GGGCCGGGCCGGAUGGCGGGCGGCGCGGGCUGGGCAGGCGCCCCCGCGGCUCUGCUGCGCUCGGUGCGCCGCCUGCGCGAGGUGUUCGAGGUGUGCGGCCGCGACCCCGACGGCUUCCUGCGCGUGGAGCGCGUCGCGGCGCUCGGACUGCGCUUCGGCCAAGGCGAGGAGGUGGAAAAACUGGUGAAGUAUUUGGAUCCCAACGACCUGGGGAGAAUCAACUUCAAGGACUUUUGCCGAGGGGUGUUCGCCAUGAAAGGCUGUGAGGAGCUGCUGAAGGAUGUGCUGGCCGUGGAGAGCGCUGGGACACUGCCCUGCGCGCUGGAGAUCCCAGACUGCGUGCAGGGCAGCGAGGUGCCAGACCCCACCUUUGCUGAUGGCGAGCUCCUCCCCAGGGAGUCCGGCUUCUUUCCUGUGGAUGAGGACGAGGCCAUGACGCUGGCCCCGCCCGAGGGCCCCCAGGAGUCGGACAUGGACGGCCCCACGGAGAACAGCCGGAGCCUGGAGGGGCCGGUCGGGAUUCCCGCCGAGGAGAAGGAGGCAGGGCUCGGGGGCCUGUUCCUUCCAGAGGACAAGUCCCUGGGCCACACUCCGUCCGUGACCACGUCGGACCUCUCCACGCACUCCAGCACGUCACUCAUCAGCAACGAGGAGCAGUUCGAGGAUUACGGGGAGGCGGACGACGUGGACUGUGCCCCCGGCAGCCCCUGCCCCGACGACGAGACCAGGACCAACGUCUACUCGGACCUGGGGUCGUCGGUGUCCUCCAGCGCGGGGCAGACGCCUAGGAAGAUGCGGCACGCGUACAACAGCGAAUUGCUGGAUGUUUACUGCUCUCAGUGCUGCAAGAAAAUCAACCUGCUCAAUGAUUUGGAAGCCCGGCUGAAAAACCUGAAGGCCAACAGCCCCAACCGGAAGAUCUCUAGCACAGCCUUUGGACGGCAGCUCAUGCACAGCAGCAACUUCAGCAGCAGCAACGGCAGCACCGAGGACCUGUUCCGGGACAGCAUCGACUCCUGCGACAACGACAUCACCGAGAAGGUGAGUUUUCUGGAAAAGAAGGUGACAGAGCUGGAGAAUGACAGCCUGAGCAACGGGGACCUGAAGAGCAAGCUGAAGCAGGAGAACACACAGCUGGUGCACAGGGUGCAUGAACUGGAGGAGAUGGUGAAGGAUCAGGAGACCACGGCCGAGCAGGCCCUGGAGGAGGAGGUUCGGCGCCACCGUGAGGCCUACAGCAAGCUGGAACGGGAGCGCAGCACGGAGAUCGAGCUGCUGAACACCAGGGUGCAGCAAUUAGAGGGAGAAAAUACCGAGCUUAGGACGACAGCGACUCGGCUGAAGUCACAAGCAGAGAGGCUGGAUGAGGAGCGGCAGCGCAUGUCCGACCGGCUGGAGGACACCAGCCUGCGGCUCAAGGAUGAGAUGGACCUGUACAAGCGCAUGAUGGACAAGCUGCGGCAGAACCGCCUUGAGUUCCAGAAGGAGCGGGAGGCGACGCAGGAGCUCAUCGAGGACUUGCGCAAGGAGCUGGAGCACCUGCAGAUGUACAAGCUGGACUGCGAGCGGCCGGGCAGGGGCCGCGGCUCGUCCUCCAGCCUGGGCGAGUUCAAUGCCAGGGCCCGAGAGGUGGAGCUGGAGCAUGAGGUCAAGCGACUCAAGCAGGAGAAUCAUAAGCUACGGGACCAGAACGACGACUUGAACGGGCAGAUCUUGAGCCUCAGCCUCUACGAAGCGAAGAACCUCUUUGCCACCCAGACCAAAGCCCAGUCGCUGGCUGCGGAAAUAGACACGGCCUCUCGUGAUGAGCUCAUGGAAGCCCUAAAAGAGCAGGAGGAGAUCAACUUCCGGCUGAGGCAGUACAUGGACAAGAUUAUCCUUGCCAUCCUGGACCACAAUCCCUCCAUCCUCGAGAUCAAACACUGAGACAAGGGGCCUGGCUGCAGAGUGGCCUCGGGACCCCUGGACCCCGGGAUUAAGGGCCAGAUCCUGCCUGAGGAUGCGGCCCAGGCCGGGCUCCCACGCGCACUGUAAAUGUGUCUCUGGCCACGGCGGUGUAAUGUGUACUGGUGUGUAUGUGGGGAGGCCAUGCGCACAGCAAGGGGCGAGCGUGGGCCGUGGCCGCGGGCGCCAUCUGUGCUGUUAGCCGUCCUUGCACUUUGUGGUCCCUUUGCGUGGGGCAGAGGGUCCCCGAGGUGGGCGGGGGUGAGGUCGGCGGUCAGGAGUUACUGUAAUGAUGAGAGCUAGAGGCUUGUGUUUCAGAUACUGGAUAAAAUGAUUCUACCUCUGGGGACCAGGAUUAAAAAGUACUCCAGUGAGACAGGAUCUAACACCGCAUCCCUGUUUCCCCCUGGGAGUGGGAGCAAAAUUACCAUCUUUUCCAGGAGUUCAAAUGCCUCACCAACCUCUUCGGCCACUUUUCAGGCCCAGGUGCUUGAGCUCGGAGAGGAAGAAGGAGCAUAUGCAUAUGGGGGGAACGUGUAGGGGCCCCUCACGAGCCCCCCCACCCCCAGCCGGCAGCCCGUGUGAGGCUUGUGCACAGUGUGCCCCAAGGACUCAGGUUUGUGGAGGAGCUGGAGGGGGCGACCUUCAUCCUGAGAACUCUUGGCGUUCUGAGAGUUCCCCGCAAACUUCUCCAUCCCUGCUCACCUACCUCUCCCUCUCUGUCUUUUUUGUUUUUUAAGACACUGAAAAAUGAGCAGCGUUCACCUGGGUACAUGAAGGGUUAAAAGAAAGGGGGAAGGAGGCUGGGGACAGUCUAAGGCACGCGUUGGCCUUGGGCAACCAAAGACACGAUUUUCGGGCGGGAGCACGCUCAGGUCCCUGUCAGCAUCCUUUCCUGUGGAUGCCUUUUAAGAGAGGGCAUGGAUGGACCCUCUCGAAAGCUCCCUCGGGCUAGAAGUGGGCCUUGCUUACCUGUCCCUGGUGAUGGCCUUGGGUUUGGAUUUUCAGAAUCCAAGCUCUGGGCUCGGCUCAGUUGGGUGGCGAGGGCCCCGUGUUCCAGCCUUUAGAAACACACCUGUACUUGGGUCUCAGCCAGGGGAACAAAUGCUGUGCUGGUGGGAGAGACGGUUGGGGAAGUUGCAGGGAAACCUUAGUCUUCCAUCCUGGUGACACAUGGUGGAAAUUCACCCUCUGGAUCUUUCAUGUGAUGUUUUGUUCUAGGUGGCUGGGAGUAGAUACGGUACUUCCCUUUGAGUUUUCCAAUGUGUCUCAGUUUUGUAUGGCUUGUGAAUUGUUUCCUUAAUCCAAAUACAUAUGAACAACGUAUGGUCUUAUUUUCCCCCCUGCAGUUUCUUGUUUCCUUCAGCACUCCUAGUGUGAACAGGAAAGCUUGGGCAUCUUGGGGAGGGGUGUAUGCAAAGGAGAGAGGGCAGGAGAGGGUGAAGAGGGGACCUAGGGCCUCGAGUGUGUUCCCGCUCACAGAGCAGGGCUGUGGCCGGGACUGAUGUUCAUCCCAUUCCAGCCAACGUUUGCUCUUGUUGGAGUUCGUGAUUUCUUUCUAAGCGUAUGCAUGGGAUUUGUUUCCUGCAGCAAAUCAUGGGGCUGCAUUGGUCUGAUCCAGGACUUUGGGGCCGCGCACACCAGGAGGAUGAGGGCAGGGGUCAGUCUCCUGGGAGUCUCUCAACCCCCUAAGGACACUGGUCUCCUUGGGCCCCCCAGGGGUCUGGGCAGAAGCAGCGGUGGAAAGAAGGCACGAGGAGUGGGUCUCUUGAGAAUUUGCUAGUAGGAAGGAAUGGCAUGAGUUAAAGGACAGGAAAGAUGAUGAAUCACGAGGUGGCUUUGGUCUGGCUUUUAUAUGGGGAGGCAUCCUGCGGAGAGGCCAGCCGGAUCCGGAUCCCGGUCUGUGGGGGACUCGCCCCAGGGAUGAGCAUUUUGAUGUGUUAGCCGCCCUGCUGUGGAAUUCCAGGGGAGGCCGCAGAGGCCUGAGUUAAUAAAGUCACAAUGUGGGAAGGAAUCUCCGCCAAGGGGAAAGCGGUGGAAAAAGCUGUCAGCCUGCAGGGGGCGCCACGGGAGCGGACUCCCGCGGGAAGCGCUAGUCGGGAAGGCCCCUCGGGACCUGGUCUCUGGAACGGGCUGACUGUAAAAUGAGACUGAGUUCCACUUAACACACGCCCCAUGUUAAAUCUAACCUUCUCACUUCAGCCAGAAUGUAUCAGAUUGGCUUUUUAAGAGCCUGUAGCUUUUUAGCCUGAGGGGGGCAGAUGCCGGAGGGGUCCCAGCCCCACAGCCUCUGGGCAGGUUCCAGAGCUGGACUGACUGGUCCAGGUGGGGCAGAACGUGCUCUCUUCCUGUGUUUUCUCCUUCCUUUGUUUUCCGGUGGAGGGUUCUGCUUUUGUCUCUCAGGGGUGGGGCUGCUAGAUAGUAUACAGGAUGCCCAGUGAAAUCUGAAUUUCAGGUAAGCAAAUGACUCAGUAGGUGUUCCCUGCAGUACCUGGGACACAUUUUAUUAAAUGGAGAAGCUUUUAAAAUUCUGAUAACUGGGCCCAGGCCCCAGAGGUUCUGAUUCCGUCGGUGUGGGGCGUGGCCCAGGCAUCAGUGUUGUUGUUUUUUUAAAGAAUUCCCCAGGUGAUUAUAAUUUAACUGGGUGCCCCAUGUGGGUUUUGGUUUUGCCAAGCCUGGCAACUGUACCAAGUAGGGAUUACAGUAACUUGUGUGAAGUUUAGAGGUGUUUGGGGGUGUGGGGAGCAGAUUCACAUUUUACAUGACUCUGGGCUAUCCUUGCCUUCAAUCAGAGCCCCAACAAAAUUCGUUGAACCAGCAAGUGUUUAAAAAAAAAAAAUUAACUUUGAAUUGCCAGAGUUAGGCAAGUUAUCUUAAAUGCGUAGAUUCUUCAAGAAUUGUCAGAGGGAAAUUAUCCUUUAUCUAUAAACGCCUAAUACACUUUAUUUCUCACCUAUUAAAAACACAAAACUGGACAACCUCCCAAAGUUCCUGGGCCUGAAACAGGGCUUCUCAACUUGGGCUGUGCAUUGGAAUCACCUGGGGAGAUUUUUUUAAAUGCUGCUGCCUGAGCCCCCAGAGAUUUGGAUUUAAUCGGUGUGGGUGUGGCCCAGGCACCCAGCUGUUUAAAGAGCUCCCCAGGUGAUGGUAACGUGCAGCCAAGGGGGUUGCUGGCCAGAGGCAGAGAAAACCUCUGUUGGGCUUGUUAACCCAGGUGCUGGAUAACAGCGGGUUCUCCUGCUGGGAUGUUGGUGGCUUUUCCUGUAAUGAUGAUGUCGGAUGGUGAGACGCUCACUGACCCCUCGCCCCCCCAGCAUGGGAGGCCAGAUGCCUUCAGGAGUGGGUGGAUCCAGCUGUUCUCAGUAGCCUAGGGGUUAGCGAACCCUAGUGGGCCGGUCUCUGCCUGUUGCUCGUGGAGCCGGUGGGUGGCACAUGUUGGGAUGUAUCAGACACAGUCCAGAGUGGGAGUAGAACGGAGUGGGGGUGGGGAAGGGGCGGGUGGGUGCUGAAAGCAGCCACGCACCUGCACAGCUGAGCCCGCGGGGAUUCCCGCUUUGGGGGUUUUGCCUCUGAUCUGUUUUCAGGCUGGGGGUUAAAGGUCACCCCAGCACAUCCCCUGUUAGUAGCCAUACCAGCAUCCCCGCCCAGCCCUGGAGGCUCCAGGCGCUAAUCUGCUGGAUUCCUGGCCGAGCCAGGUCCUGAGGGUCAGGACGGCUCUUUUGUUCCAGCGAGGGACUUAUAACGGGCAAAGGCCUUCAGGGGCCGGUGGGGCCUGGGGGACCAUGAAGAAAUUAAGCCCUCUUUUUGUGCCGCUGGGUAUGUGCGUUUAAUGCAUUUAAACCUAAAAGCGAACUUUAGAUGCGAUGCGAGGGGAACAGGGGAAGCGUCGGGAUGGCUAUAGUGCCAAGGAAACGGCUGUUCGCCCGGCAGAUCUACAGCGACUCUCUUUCAGGGCUGAGGUGGGUUUUAGAUUAAGGAGAGGGGCCAUUCGGGACUGCAGCCCUGGCACCCGCCCCGGCCUUUCCUCCUCUGGGACUAGGCCAGCUCCUCUAAUGCUAUGCUUCAGGCUGGCCAGAGGCCUCAGGCUAGAGGGGCCACGCCCUCCUGGGUGACUUUGCGCAAGUCCGUUCCCUCCGCUGACCUUAGGGACCUCCGGGCCCUGCCACCCCGUUCUGAGUGCGCCCAUGAACGGGCAGGGAGCAGGAGAGGCCAGAGCCAUGGGCCUGUUUCCCUGCCCUCCUGCCACGCCCCACCUACCUGGGAAAUAGGCUGCCUUCUAGAAAGGUGUGUUUCUAGAAGCGUAGACCCUGCGAAGCCUGAUGCCACAUGACGUUGGUGCUCCGACCUCGUAGGCUCCUCUUUCCGCUGUGAUUGUAACGGAGGGGGAGGGAUGUCUGCCUGGAGCCAGCAGCAGGGGGGUGGCUGGGAGAGGCACCCUGGCGCCGGCCCUGCAGGAUCUCGGUGCUGUCGUCUGGGGAGACGUGCCUUCUCCGGGCCCCUCUGCUUUGCUGUGCUGCACAGGCUGUGUUUUGUCUGCAUGGUUUGGGGUCAUUGUCCUUGUGCCUUCUCUCCCCUGUCACCACUGUACAGGAGUUUCCACUGCCCCCUUUUCUACAUCCUCUGUUUACCCGAGCCCUGUAAAGUGUACAUAGCGUCCCCCUUUGCGUCCACGUGCCUCCGCCCCGCGCCCCGCGACGCCCGCCCCCCGCACGCCCGUCCACAGGCCCCAGCUCCGCUUCCUCCGCUCGCUCAGCCGUGCAGACUUGCUGACCUGGGACAGGUGUUUCAUUGUGGCCUCACUCAGCCCGUCGUCCAGCCUGCCGCUGUUUAGGUGCCUUGCACACUAGAAAAGGCUCACUGUGCAAAGCAGCUUCUCCCACAGCCCCUCCCUGAGUCGGCGUCAGUACCUGUAGCCGGCAGAACGCGCCUUCUUAAGCUGGGGCGUCGGCCUGGCCGCGAUGUCGUGGGUCUGCGGCCGCUCUGUGGGCCCCUCGGAGGAGGCACCCCCAGCCCACGGGAGAAGCUCCAGCCGUGCCGCUUCCAGUGCUUGGCACUGGGCCUGGGUUCAGGGCCAUCGCCAUCUGGUGUCUAAACAGCUUCGGACCCCAAACAGGCAGAAGGAAGAGGCUUCUGGCUGUAUCCCCUGCCUGCCACUGACAGCUGCCCAGCUCUUCCUCAUCUGCCCAAGGUGCUCAGACCCGGGUGCCAUUCAAUCCCCGGUGAGGUCAGGACCGCCGUCGGACCAGCCGUCGGACCAGGCGUCACUGGGGACUGGCUUGCAGCCCGCUGGCUCCCUCGUCCCCGGCACUUCCCGCUUUCUUGGCUGGGGUCUCCGGGGCCCGGGUGGGAUGAGCUGCAUGUGAGGGCUCAUCCGAGGGUUUGUCGGGUGGCUCUGACGCAUCGUGGGUUCUCACCUGAGUCUUUUGCCCCAGGAGCCUCCGUCUGGAAGCAGGUUUAGCUUUGGGGCUGGAGUGAGACCUCCACCUCCAGGCCCCAGGGUGGGGAGAGGGUGGUGAGGCUCCAAGGCUGUGUCCUGGGGUCCCGAGCUGUCUGCCAAGAAGGAGCAGGCUCUCAGAGGCAGGCUCCCUCGGGAACGCUCACAUACAGACCCAGGUGUAAAUAAACACUUUGCUCUUCUUGCCUGA